UGCUCUGGGGUAACAUGGCGGCGGCCGUGGUGCAGCUCCGGGACUGAGAGACAGCAAGUGUGGCUCGCUCCUUCCCGGGGUGAGGAGAGCAUCAGCGUGGGAAGGGCGACUGAGUCCUGGUCUUCUCACUCCUGUUCCCAACGUCACCUGCGUCUCACGCAUCCUCUCCUCUAUCGGGACCAGAGGGAAUGACGAAGCCCCGGGCUUUCCACAGUUUUGCUCUGUGCAUCGGAGCACGCUCCUAGCCGGCCGUGGGCUACCCUCCUCGCCGUCCUUUCGCCAACCUCCUUCCUUCGGAGGUGGGACCGGAGCGUGGGCGGUUGUAUUCUCCUGGAACCAUGGCAGGGUCCGACACGGCGCCGUUCCUCAGCCAAGCUGAUGACCCAGAUGACGGGCCAGCGCCUGGCCACCCGGGAAUGCGAGGGCCCAUGGGUAAUCCUAAGUCCGGGGAGCCCGAGAUCCCGGACCGCGAGGGCCUGCAGCGUAUCACUGGUUUGUCUCAGGGCCAUUCGGCCCUCAUAGUGGCUGUGCUGUGUUACAUCAACCUCCUGAACUACAUGGACCGCUUCACCGUGGCUGGCGUUCUUCCAGACAUCGAGCAGUUCUUCAGCAUCGGAGAUAGCAGUUCUGGCCUCAUCCAGACUGUGUUCAUCUCCAGUUAUAUGGUGUUGGCACCCGUGUUCGGCUACCUGGGUGACAGGUACAAUCGGAAGUACCUCAUGUGCGGGGGCAUUGCCUUCUGGUCUCUGGUGACGCUGGGCUCAUCCUUCAUCCCCAGAGAGCGUUUCUGGCUGCUCCUCCUGACCCGGGGCCUGGUGGGAGUCGGGGAGGCCAGUUACUCCACCAUUGCGCCCACUCUGAUCGCCGACCUCUUCGUGGCAGACCAGCGGAGUCGGAUGCUCAGCGUCUUCUACUUCGCUAUUCCCGUGGGCAGUGGUCUAGGUUACAUUGCAGCCUCCAAAGUGAAGGAUGUGGCCGGGGACUGGCACUGGGCUUUGCGGGUGACACCAGGUCUGGGGGUGGUGGCUGUUCUGCUGUUGUUCCUGGUGGUACAGGAGCCCCCAAGAGGAGCUGUGGAGCGGCACUCAGGUUCACCACCCCUGAGCCCCACCUCAUGGUGGGCAGAUCUGAAGGCACUGGCACGAAAUCCUAGUUUCGUCCUGUCCUCCCUCGGCUUCACUGCUGUGGCCUUCGUCACUGGCUCCCUGGCUCUCUGGGCCCCAGCGUUCCUGCUGCGCUCCCGUGUUGUUCUGGGAGAGACCCUGCCCUGUCUCCCUGGAGACUCAUGCUCGUCCUCUGACAGUCUCACCUUUGGAUUCAUCACGUGCCUGACUGGAGUUCUGGGUGUGGGCCUGGGUGUGGAGAUCAGCCGCCGUCUUCGCCGCUUCAACCCUCGGGCCGACCCACUGGUCUGUGCGGCUGGCCUCCUGGGCUCUGCACCUUUCCUCUUCCUGUCCUUGGCCUGUGCCCGAGGCAGCAUCGUGGCUACCUAUAUUUUUAUCUUUAUUGGGGAGACCCUGCUGUCCAUGAACUGGGCCAUCGUAGCUGACAUCCUACUGUAUGUGGUGAUCCCUACUCGACGCUCCACUGCCGAGGCCUUCCAGAUCGUGCUAUCCCAUUUGCUAGGUGAUGCUGGGAGCCCUUACCUCAUUGGUCUAGUUUCUGACCGCCUCCAACGGAGCUGGCCCGCUUCCUUCUUGUCCGAGUUCCGGGCCCUGCAGUUUUCACUCAUGCUCUGUGCUUUCGUUGGGGCCCUGGGUGGCGCGGCUUUCCUGGGUACUGCCAUAUUCAUUGAGGAUGACCGCCGGCGGGCUCAACUCCACGUGCAGGGUCUGUUGCAGGAGACAGGGCCUUCAGAUGACCAGAUUGUGGUCCCUCAGUGAGGCCGUUCUACCCGUGUCCCUGUGUCCAGCGUUCUCAUCUGAGGAGCUGUUGCCCAUCCAGCCACAGGUGCACAGGCCCUGGGCCCACCCCAGGAGGUGCCCAGGCAGAAGCCCUCAACAGAUCCAGGUCCGAGGAGGAAGCCUUGGGAUAUGUCCCAGCUCCCAGACACUACGUGGGCAGCCCAAGGAAGAGAUGGGGGUUCAGAAAUGGGGGGGGGGUGUCCUGUCUACUAGGGCAACCCAAGGAGUUUGGUGCUAUUUGUAAUGGAAUAAAAUUUGUAAGUAGACUA